GGGUUAUUAAAUGUUCAUAAACAACUGAUUUCAUUUUUUACUAACGUGCGGUGAUAUCGAACUUCUAAGGGAUUGAUUAACUGAUGGAUGCAAACAUCGAAUGUUGAAACCGAUUUAAAACUAUCUGAAUGGGUAAAAUCACAGAAGAACCAUUAUUUCAGAAAAAACGAAAAUUUGGAUUGACAAACGAAUUUAAUCUGAAUACGCAGUUUGUAAAUCCAAAAGAAGAUGACUACUUUGUGAUAGGUCCAUCUGAUGGUAAAUUUUCAAAUUCGAUUGCCUACAGAAAUAAAAUGAAGCGAAAUGCUCGAAGUGUUUCGCCAAAGAAAAAACAAGAAAAUACCGGUAACGGUCUAAAACAGCAAUCGUCUGCUCAAAUAAACAGGCGAAUUCGAAAACCAUCACCUAUCCUAAAACCUCAUAGAGAUGAAGCUAUCCAAACAGACGGAGCACAUAAAGCACUCGAAGAGGAGAUUCAACGAAUUCGAACUGAGAUUGAAAACAGAAAGAGAAUUUUACGUGCAAGAGAGGAAGCAAAGGAGAAGCACGUAAAAAUCGAAAAUGAACUUAAACAAAAGCCCCAUACAAAGAUUUCCAAACCAGUAGAAUCUGACCAUCUAAUGGUCACUCACGCUCCCGAUGCCCCACGUCAACAUAAAAGUAAUAAAACUCCACUUCAAGAGUACUCAGAAAACUGGAAAUUGGAGCCUCCAAAAGCUGCGGUUUACACUUGUGAAAAAAGUCGUCUUUCAGAAUAUCAGAGUGCAUUUAAGGUACCACAGUUCAAUUAUAAAUUUGAACCAACAAGAUCUACCAGACCAUUCACAUGUAAACUAGAUAAAUUCCAAUCUCGUAAAAUCCCUUACGAUACAGAAUACAGGCACGAAUAUAAACCUUUUAAAUAUGUCCCAGUUGAUCAAUUAAAGUCAAGUGAAGUAAUAGAAAACAAAGAUGUACAUAUUAUUCCUUUAAAACGUCCGUCAUCAGCAUAUGGAAUUAGAGAAAUAGCCAAGGAUAUUAAUAAGAUAGAAAAAGGACGGAUUCGAGCAUUAACCCCGCCAUCACAAAUGAACACUAAACUAACACAACAUAAAAAGAAGUAUACUACAGAAUAUAAUGCUAAAUAUAUAGACUAUUCAGAUGUAUUAGGUGUUCCACGAAAUCAAAUGAAAUCAUCAAAUAAAAGUAUAUCGAAUGACUGGUACCGAGAAAUAGUAGUACUACGUAGAAAAGCUGAUGCCUAUCGAAAACGUGAUCGAGAAUCACACUUUUCGCGUGAGCACUUAGCACAACUGGAAUCUGACUAUGUUGAUCAUUGGGAUCCCCCAAGUAAUGAUAAUUAUAUGGAAAAUCUAGAAAAAUAUAAAGAAGCCUUACAAAUGCCAAGAGCUGGAAAACCAUCAACGGACUUAAUUUCUAAUCCAGACGAAAUGGUGCUAUCGGCUAAUCAACGAAGGAGAGCAAUGUUGGACAGUCACAAUGUCGCAGAAAUAAUGGAUCAAGAUGAUUGCUCUGACACAGACUGCGAUCAAAAUAUAGAAUAUAAUGACGAUCACUUAUCCACCCAGCCAUACCGUAGAUAUAAAACAGAUGUGAAAUGUAAUAGAGACAAUUAUGUAGGAACAUUACCAGCUGCUACGAAAUAUAACCAUACUGAUGAAGCAUAUGACAGCGCAAACCACAGCUUAAAAUCAGAAAAUGAUUCAAUUCGACUAGCAAAUUUAGAUGAGCCAAGAACAAACAAUUCGUACAUAAAACAAUGGUCAAAUGAUUCUAAAAACCAUGCAUCUAAAAGGCAGAACCACUGGUUUAGCAAUGAAUACGAACGAAAACAAAGAACAGUGGAUGAACCAGGAUCGCUGACUAGCUGUAGUUCGCUGUCUGAGGAAUCAAUGGAAUCAAGUGCACGUUUAGCCCACGAAACUCUGAAACGAGCACAAAAGCAACAUGAACGUAUAUUACGAGAACAAAAACAUUAUAAUGAAAACAUAUAUUCUCCAAAUGCAUAUUCCGACUGUGAAUGUAAGCGGAUUGAACUCUGAAAGAAACCAAUUUCAAAUUAUGAUAAACAUUUGUAUGGUGUUUUAUAAAUUAUGUAUUUGUAAUAGCAAGUAUAAAUCUGGAUAAAUACGCAUGCAUAAAUAAAACUGUCCAAGGAGUCUUAUCAAACUAUUUGUAAAUAAAAGGACGAUACAUUGCUUUGAAUUGAAAAAUAACUUUAAUCCUUGUUGAAUGACCGUACUGGUGCACACUAACUGACUUUAGAGGAAAGUGGUCACUGGUUGAAUACAUCAGUUGUGAACUAAGUGAGUAUUGUGUACAGUUCAGAGACAGUGGGUUUUUCUACCGGAGAAUACCAGUCAGCCCACAACCAUACGUUUACGACUUUUUGUUGACUGUUGUGAAAAAUUGAGCACAGAAUGAAUAA